CCGGAUCGUGCCCCUACUAGCUGUGGGCGAACAACCGGGUGACCCAACCAACCCGCCGAGCUAGCUAGCUUGCUGACCUCGCCAGCUGCGGCCGCGAUGCCUAUAUAUCCUGCCCCAAGCACACGCCCAUGCCGUAUCGCCCACUGCUUCCUCUCCUCAGCUCCUCUAAGCUCUCUCUCGCUCUCGCUCGCUCUCUCUCUCUCUCUCUCUCUCUCUCUCUCUCUCUCUCUCUCACCCACAAGAACACACACGCCACGACACCGCCUGCAGGUCGACCGGCCGAUCGUGUCAGGCAUCAUGGCCGCCCUCGCGCACGGCGGUCGUAGGUCGGCGGCGGCGAUGGUGGCGCUGCUGGUGGCUCUGGCGCUGGCGGGCGUGGCGAGCGGGGACUUCGCGGCGGACCGGGCGGAGUGCGCGAACCAGCUGAUGGGCCUGGCGACGUGCCUGACGUUCGUGCAGGACAAGGCGACGGCGCGGGCGCCGACGCCCGACUGCUGCGCGGGGCUCAAGCAGGUGGUGGCCGCCAGCAAGAAGUGCUUGUGCGUGCUGGUCAAGGACCGCGACGAGCCGGCGCUGGGCUUCAAGAUCAACGUCACCCGCGCCAUGGACCUGCCCUCCCUCUGCAACUACCCCGCGACCUUCUCCGACUGCCCCAAGAUCCUUGGGAUGUCGCCGGACGCCCCCGAGGCGGAGAUCUUCAAGGAGUACGCGAGGAAGCACGAGUCCCAGAACGGCACCGCGGCCAUACCCGCCGCUGCAACCGGUGCCGCGGGCGGGAAGAGCGCCACGAGCUCGUCGCCGGCGGGCGGCGCCGGCUCCGGGAGCAAGCCGGGCGCGGUCGUCGUCUACCUCGCGUCGUCGGCGCUGGUCGCCUUCGUCUCCGUCCUCGCGUGAUGGGCGCCGGGCGCGACGCAUUCGAGUGGCAUUCAUAGCAGGCAGGGGAGAUACUGUUAUACGAAUCGGAGGAGGUGGAAGGAAGCCAGAGGGAUAAAGAGACGAGCAGCAAAAGACACGCGUACUCUCUUUUUUUCUUUUAGCUUUUGUGAUGAGACGUCGGGAUGUGCUGACUGUGCACCAGCGACGCAGCUUUGUGCUCCCGGCAGUUGGGCUGUGCUGCGGUGCUGCCUUCCAGCCUGGGAUUUUAAUGUGGUGGGCAGAGACUGUCGUGCUGUCUGCCGGAAUCUGAUCGAUUUGCCAUAGCGCGAGUUUGGUUUGCAACUUUU